AUGACUCGAUUAUGUUAUACACACUUCUGGAAUCCUGGCAUUGUUAAUUUGACAUAUCCAGAUUUAUCUGAAUGUUUCCGCAAUAGCGCUGUGCAAUGGACUCCAUUAAUGAUUUACUGGAUUAUACUACCAUUUUGGUUAUACAUGUCAUGGAAAAAACAAGGAAUACAAUCACAACCAUUGAAACCAUCUGUAUUAUUUUUUACAAAAUGUAUAUUAGCCAUACUUUAUCUACUUAUUCAAAUAUGGAGGAUUGUUUAUUAUUUUUUAUCAUCAAAAUUGGUGUCACAAGAACAAGGUCUUAUAAUGUUAAUUUCACCCAUACUUAUAAUUAUUACUGUGAUAAAUAUUUUAUGGUUAAUGAACAAUGAUCGUAUUAAAAAUAAAUAUUGUUCAGGUUUAUUAUUUUUCUUUUGGAUAUUAUCAGUAGUGGCUAUUAUACCAGAUCUAAUUAUUUACACAAAUGACUUUAGAAAAAAUCGAUCUUUCUUAAUAGAAUUAAUUCGUGUUUGGUUACAAUUAUUAAUAGCAUUAUUGUCAUUUAUAGCAAACUGUUUUGCAGAAUCUUAUAAGUUUUCAACAACACAUGGAAAAAAGAGUAUUUAUCCUGAACAUUAUAUUAAUUUUCUCUCUGUUCUUACCUUCGGAUGGGUUACAAAAUUAAUUAUUCAAGGUUCUAAACGUCCUCUAACAGAAGAUGAUUGUUGGCAUUUACAUUUUACAGAAACGUCAGCGAAUGUUGUUGACAGAGUAGAAUAUUAUUGGAAUAGAUCAUAUAAUCAUCUAAAAAAUCGUGUGAAUAAACAGCAGCAAACACAUGAAAAUGGUGUUCAUGAAGAAACAAAAGAUUUACUAAAUGAUGUGCCAAAAGUUGAAUUAAAAAAACCAAAGACUACAAAUAAAAAUAUUCCCAAAUUUUGGCAUGCAUUAUUUUUAUCAUUUAAAGGAAAAUUAUUGGUUGGAGGUUUAUUGAAAUUUUUUCAAGAUAUAUUACAAUUUACUGGACCAAUAAUAUUAAAGUAAAAAAACAAUAAAAGAACAAGUAUCAACAAAUAAUUGAGUCGAUUCCGUCGACAUUUCAAUGUAGAAUGAUAGUUCGAUCAUUUCCGUCUACUUUCUACGUCUUUUUAAUUAAAAAGAAUUUAUUUUUGAAAUAGCAGUUGUUUCAAUAUUUGCUCAUCUCACGAGUGAACCUUUCCAAGUGCCCAAUUGCUUUUUCCGUAAAACAUACAUGAUUGUGGGUAAUCUUUGAUGCUGAUCAUGAAUAUGGCAUUCGUUUCUGCUGUUAGGCGUUUCUGGGGUGAGUCUCUGAAAUCCGGGUGUCGGAAGACCAGCUAUGAACUUCCAGCUGAACAUAUCUUGGCACUGCCAGAUUGUAGAGCACGUUGAGUUACCUAUGUGGGAAAAUGUUCAGAACCAAUGAACAACUUUUUGCAGAGAUAGAAAAAUUUUACUUUCUAAUCCAGUGGAGAACCAAAAUAUUUCAGAUUUUUGAAUCCUAAAAUUUUUCUCUCUCUGCAAAAACUUGUUCGUUGGUUCUGAACAUUUCCCUACAUAUUUAAUUCAACGUGCUCUACAAUCUGGCAGUGCCAAAAUAUGUUCAGUUGGAAAUUCAUAG